AUGUUUAUCCAUGACCAAGCUGUACAUGGCAUGGCUACUACAUGGCUACCACCUGGCUACUACAUGGCUACCACCUGGCUACCACAUGGCUACCACCUGGCUACCACAUGGCUACCACCUGGCUACUACAUGGCUACCACAUGGCUACCACCUGGCUACCACAUGGCUACCACCUGGCUACUACAUGGCUACCACAUGUGGCAUAGAAAGAAGCCUGUGCGUGUCCCCGCCCCCCUCGGCUGUGAUUGGCUGAGCAGGCCGGCGGCGCGGCUCCUGGUUGGUUGGCGACGUGUGCCCGUCACGGCCGUCUCCAUAGACAGGGGGAGAGUGAGAGGUUUCUAUGUAAAUGCAGCUGAGGAUUCAAUGCAGUUACUACCCCACGUACGACCAGCAAGACUUCCCUCGCAUCUCUUCACACGCUCCCUGGUAGCCCCCACUGCUGACCCAUUCUAUUCCUUGUGGGCUGAGAAAGGAUCCAACCCAAUGCUAAACAGAAGAUUGGGCAGUCAAGGAUUUGGGGCUUCAGUAGCGGCGAUGACCUCAUUCCCUCCGCAGAGAUACCACUAUUUUCUAGUGCUGGAUUUUGAGGCUACCUGCGAUAAGCCACAGAUCCAUCCUCAGGAAAUAAUUGAAUUCCCCAUUCUGAAGUUAAAUGGCAGAACAAUGGAGAUCGAAUCUACGUUUCAUACGUACGUGCAGCCAGUGGUACACCCACAGCUCACCCCAUUCGCCACCGAGCUAACAGGCAUCAUCCAAGAAAUGGUAGAUGGGCAGCCAACCCUCAGCCAAGUGUUAGAGAGAGUCGAGGAGUGGAUGGGGAAAGAGGGCCUUUUAGAUCCCAGCGUCAAGUCUAUCUUCGUUACCUGUGGUGACUGGGACUUGAAACUUAUGCUGCCGGGACAGUGUGAAUAUUUAGGACUGCAGGUCGCAGAUUACUUCAAGCAGUGGAUUAAUCUGAAAAAGGCUUACAGCUUUGCCAUAGGCACCUGGCCUAAGAAUGGACUCCUAGAUAUGAACAAGGGGCUGAGCCUGCAGCACAUAGGUAGACCCCACAGCGGGAUAGAUGAUUGCAGGAACAUUGCUAACAUCAUGAAGACCCUAGCUCACCGAGGCUUCAUCUUCAAGCAGACUUCCAGACGCAUCUGAUGCAUUCGGGGAGUGGGCUGCGGGGUGGUAGUGGGGCAGGAGGCUGCAUGUAGCGCUUCCCUUACCGUGUUUUAACAUGGGAGGACCGACAGGAUACAGGACUCAAGUUGGAGGGGCACAACAGCUUGAUUGUCAUGGACUAAGUACCAGUUUCAGGAAAGAGCCAGUGCUGUAUAUAUAUCCACCACAGAAAUCUGUUACAUACCUGUGUCAAUUUCCCCGCCACGCCACCUCUCUCUUGUCUACCUCCUAAAUGAUAUAAACCCCAUACAUCCCACAUGCUCUCUCCACCUGGGUCAUCAUGGCUUUGGAGCUUAAGAAAUGCUGAAUGAGGUGCGAAGAACAUGUGAAAUAGAAUUGGAACCUGGCUUCAGAAUUUCUGAAAAGACACAGUUUACCCAGUAAAACAUGAAGCUCACAUUGGCCAACGUGUAUUAAAUAAACAAAAGUGUAGUCCAGUAGGCUGGAAAAUAAAAUGCAGUUGUAGAUUUUAUACCCAAUUUCAACCAAUAGCCAUAAUAAUUUGGAAAAGGAAGAUCCGGUGUAUCAAGCCUGACUCACAUGUAACGGAGCAUUUCCUGCUCACAUGUAACGGAACGUUUUCUGCUCUCAUGCAAUGGAGCGUUUCUUGCUCACAUGUAACUUAGCGUUUCCUGCUCUCGGUGAGCAUUUUAAACACUUCCUGGCAGCAUGCAUAGUUCAGCUGCCAUGUAGUAUUAUUGAUGCCUACGUAGUGAAAUACUGUGAACCAAUAAGUAACAUUUUACUUUCUCAUGUUUCCGAUUUGAGACAAACGAAUAACAUUAUGUGAGAGCUUGUUUAUAACAAAAGGUGCCCUUUGUUUGAGUGCUGUGCAAAGAGUCCCUUGCUUUCUUCUUAUAAGUUACCUCCCCCACCCAGAGACAAGCAAUCGCUCAAAGCACUGGCCUUGCAGAGAUAUCGCAUUGAGCUGCAUUGAGAAGUCUGUGAUUGGACAGCCACAGAAAGUCUGGGCUGGGAAGAAGGGGAGGGCUUACAAACACUGCAGAUAUGAAAGCUGUAGCUUCUGCAAGCUAUUUUUAGAUAUAACCCAAAUGUAAAAUUGUAUAAUUGAAUGCAUGUAUGUGUUCAUUGUGGGUAUAUCUACUAAGCAGUGAUUUUUAUUUUUUGUAUUUUGUCAGUGGCGAGUCUUUUUAAAGCGACACCACAAGUACUCUAACAGUUUGUUUCUUGCAUAGUCUAGCUUAAUUUGUCAGAAAGUCAAACAGGUAGGAAAAUCUCCAAUGGAUCAAAGGGAGAACUCCGUUUAAUGUCUUAACUAUAAUAACUAGAACUGGUCAUCAAAGUAAGAAUGGCUGUCUAACAUCUAAAACUUAAAAGACUGCCUUUUCAGACUUAAAUAGCAAUGAGCUUGAACCAUUCAGUGUGUACAAAAGGGACACUUUAUGUACCAUAAUAACUUAUGCUCGGGUUACUGAGUAAAAAACAACCUGUCCCUGUCUCCCCAUACAUGGUGUAUUGUAACUACAGCUAUAAAGUUAUGGUUUAUGGAGGUCCCCUGUCUCCCCGUACACAGUGUAUUAUAACUGCAGCUAUAAGGUUAUGGUGUAAGGAGGUCCCCUGUCUCCCCGCACACAGUGUAUUAUAACUGCAGCUAUAAGGUUAUGGUGUAAGGAGGUCCCCUGUCUCCCCGUACACAGUGUAUUA